ACUGCGACAGAGGGACAAUAGCCGCGAGCUCCGGACACACCGUGGGCCCGCAUCCCGGGACAGUGCCGGUUGAUCCAUGAUUUCCUUUUGCGCUAAGAUGAGGUCACCCUCAGGAUGGAGGAGCAACGCCUGUAUUCCGUCUGAGUAGCCUCCAACCUGAUGGGUUAGAAACCCCAAAGAAUUUUGAAUGGGAAUUCAAACACAGCAACAUGUCGGUUUUGCUCUCUCAGUCCAGAUAUUUAAGGAGUGACCAGAUAUUUCCUUUGUGAUACCAAUAUAUCCGUUGUUGAUCCUUGAAGAUGAAGAAGUAUCUCAUUCCAAAUGAAAACGAGCUUUGUGUCUGAACUGAAGUUUUCUGUUGUAACUCAGUGAAAUCCCACUGGAACUGGGGUGCUGAAGCACACCAGCAUUUGUUCACUCGAGAUCAGUUCUUCAACUACACAGGGAUUGACUAUGUCUGACUUCUGAAUCGCCAGAGAACUGACUUCAGGGAGAUAUAAUUCUCCUUUUCUCAGUGUGGGAAGGGAUUCACUCGCUUAGCUGACCUGUAGACACACCGGUGAGUUCACAGUGGGGAGUGGACAUUCACCUGCUCUGUGUGUGGGAGAGGUCAUACAGCUUGAAGAUCCAUCAGGAAGUUCACACAUUGAGAGGUCGUUCACCUACUCAGACUUUGGGAAGAGUUUCAGUCACUCAGCCCACUGCAGACACACCAGUGAGUUCACAGAGGGGAGAGACCAGCCAGCUGUUUUGUGUGUGGGAAGAUAUUCACUCAGUCAUGCGAUCUGCUGACACACAAGUGAGCUCAACUCAGGAGAGGCUGUACAACUGCUCUGAAUGUGGGAAGGGAUUCGCUCAGUCAACCUGCCUAUAGACACACCAGUCGGUUCACACUGGGGAGAGGCUGUUCAUCUGCUUAGCCUGUGGGAAAGGAUUCACUCAAUCAUCUCUGAAGGUACAUCAACGAGUUCACACUGGGGGAAGGCCGUUCACUUGCUCAGACUGUGGGAAGGGAUCCAUUUGGUCAUCUGAUCUGUUGGCCUACAGGUCAGUUCACACUGGGGAGAUGCCGUUUACCUGUUCCGUUCACCUGUUCAGUUCCACUUCCUUAGACUGUGGGAAGGGAUUCACUCAGUCAUCUCCACUGUUGGCACACCAGUCAGUUUACACUGGAGAGAGGCUAUUCACCUACUCAGACUGUGGGAAGGGAUUCUCUUCAUCAUCUGACCUAUUGGCACACCAGUCAGUUCACACUGAGGAGAGUCUGUUCAUCUGUUCAGAUUGUGGGAAGGGAUUUCCUCGGUCAUUUCAACUGAAGCUACAUCAGCAAGUUCACACUGGAGAGAGGACUUUCACUGACUCGGCCUGUGGGAAGGGGUUCACUCAGCCAUCCAACCUACAGACACACCAGCAAGUUCAAACAGGAGAGAGGCAGUUCAACUGUUCUUUAAGUGGGAAGGAAUUAACUCAGUCAUCUCACCUACAGACACACCAGUCAGUUCACACUGGAGAAAGGCCGUUCACCUGCUUAGACUGUGGGAGGGGAUUCACUCAGUCUCAACUGAAGGUACAUCAGCAAGUUCACGCUGGGGAGAGGGCUUUGAGUGGAAAGGGAUUCACACAAUCAUCCGGCCUAUUGUUACACCAGUCACUUCAUACUGCGGCGUUCAGCUACUCAGACUGUGGGAAGGGAUUCACUCUGUCAUCUCAACUGAAGGUGCAUCAGCGAGUUCACACUGCACCGAGGCCAUUCACCUGCUCAGACUGUGGGAAGGGAUUCACUCUGUCAUCUCAACUGAAGGCACAUCAGCGAGUUCACACGGCAGAGAGGCCGUUCACCUGCUCAGACUGUGGGAAGGGAUUCACUCAGUCAUCCAGCCUACAGAUACACCAGUCAGUUCACACCGGAGUGAAACCGUUCACCUGCUCAGACUGUGGGAAGGGAUUCACUCAGUCAUCUGACCUACUGGCACACCAGCGAGUUCACACUGGGGAGAGGCCAUUCAUCUGCUCAGACUGUGGGAGGCGAUUCACACACUCAUCCAACCUCCAGAGACAUCAGUCUAUUCACACUGGGGAGAAGCCGUUUACCUGCUCAGUCUGUGGGAAAGGAUUCACUCAGUCAUCUGACCUACUGGCACACCAGCGAGUUCACACAGGGGAGAAGCCAUUCACCUGCUCAAACUGUGGAAAAGGAUUCACUCAGUCAUCUCAGCUGAAGGUACAUCAACGAGUUCACACUGGAGUGAGGCCGUUUAUCUGCUCAGACUGUGGGAAGGGAUUCACUCGGUCAUUUCAGCUGAACGUGCAUCAGCGGGUCCACACUGGUGAGAGGCCAUUCAUUUGCUCUGAAUGUGGGAAGGGAUUCACUCAGUCAUCCAACCUUGUGACACACUACCGAGUCCACACGAGAUAAAAAGUUUAACUAUCCUGCCUGCUGGAUACUUAACCAUCACAGUUGCUGAAUUCAGAGGCAAGUUCAAAAGUGAUCGUUGGUGUUGAACUCUGCAAUUACUGCUGUCACUCAUCACACCCAGUUCUGCACCCUGGACACUGGGCAUGGGAGGAGUCUCUUCUGCUGGUGUUUAUCUUUAAUAAGACUGCAGUUUAAUAUUCUGCAUGGAAUAAACAAACUCCUUGCAACACCUUUGGUUCUUUAGCAAAUCAUCUUUGUUGAAUGUCAUCUGGUUCUGAAUCCUUCUGCCAAGUGAGACCAUUGUUCAUACUAUUCUGUCUGGGUGUAUAAUGAUAAUGAGUACCUGGGUAACAAGUGACCUGUAGAUUUCACACCACAAAAUGUCCCACACAUUAACAAUCUGCAAAGAGAAAUUCUAAUCACCUACCCUUGACUUUCAUUGACUUUGCCAUUGACCAUCACCUCAAGGUCACAGUGAUCAGAAGGUCUGCAGGAGCAGCUGUGUAAAUACCGUGAACUCCGAGUAGGGCAGUGGGACAUGCCCAAAGCUGUGGUGCUGGAACAAUGGACAGAGGCACAUUGAGCCAGAUCACAGAUGGACAACAGGCACGAUUGUCCCAUUCUGCUGCGGAUAGGUAGGCAGCCAGGGAAGUUGAUGCUGAGUCCAGACACC